AUGACUCUGUCCUACUCUACGAACAGCAUCCGAACCAAGUUCGGCGACUUGUCUUUAGAAUCGGCCCAGGAACGUCUUUCGCCGAAGGAAAAGUCAUUGCUAACCAAAUCUCUAGCACAGGAGGACAGAGGAGGGAUGUCGAUUUCUCCACAGCAACAUGCUAAGCAGACCUCGAUACUAGAAGGUGAUGCCAAACUCACCGAUGACCAUCCAGAGCCUGAGCUUCUUGCCACCUCUGUGGGCAAAGACAUCGACGGAAGGCUCAUUCCAAGUUCUUCCACCAUUUCGCUUUUAUCGUUGAAUGCCAACGGGAAUUUGAGCUCGGCUGCCACUCAGUACUCCGGAUUUCCUCAUUUCAUCGACAGAAAGAACUCACAUGGCAGUGGACUAGUGCUGCGAAAUUCCCUAACGCAUUUGAGCCACCAAAGGCUACAGCCGUACCAUAAAUUGACGAGUCUGACUUCGCAAAACCAGGAAAUGGCUUGCGCUCACACUCAAAGCAUACCUUUAAUCAGGAACGCCGGCUCGAUGCUUCUGACCCCAGACUCGCCCAACUUAGAUCCCGUCUCUUUAGGAGGAUCUCCAUCGAGAUUCUGGCUUGCAUCACAGACACCACCAAAGUCGCUCUCUGGCUCCUACAAUAAGCGCAGCUGCACACUACAAUUGAGUCAAUUGCACUCCAACCCAGCCAGCACUGUCCCUGGAACAUCUUCCAGCGGCGCCACCAGCAUUAACACCUCGAGGCCUCCACUGAGAGCAUUUCGUGGAGACGAUUCACCUACGCUAAAUCCAGUACAAACACCUCUUGAAGAUUUACCCAUGACUCCUCUUUACCUCAACUCCGAGGCCGACCUGUAUUUUGUUUACAGUAAUGGUCACGGGAGAGAUCAGCUGAUCAAACGAGAUCUCUUCCAAUACGAUGAAGAGGAGUCCGAAGAAGAUGCAGUGAAUGAAGGGUGUGAGGAGGUGCUACAAUACAAUGAACAGGAGGAGCCGCAAGGCUAG